UCGAAAUAUAUUUCUGGCUUUGGCAGUUGUUUUUGUUGUCACCAUGGUGAUUAUUGCAAGCCCAGUGACGUCAGUGUUGGUGUUUGUAUGUGUUGUUUUAACAGUGGAUCCGAGACUCAUUUUAAAGUGGUUGUUGUAUCAAAGAAAUUUGAAAAUCUUCCUUUGAUUAAGAGGCAUAGAUUGGUCAACGAAAUUCUUGCAACUGAAUUAUCCACUUCAGUUCAUGCCUUGUCCAUACAGGCAAAAACACCAACACAAUGGGAGAAAAGUGAAGGUAAAGUAGCAAAAUCACCGCCAUGUUUAGGAGGUGCAGGCAAAUAAUAAGAUUAAAGUUAUCAAAACGCAAUUUUCGCCUUUGCGAAGCAACAAAUUCUGAUUUUAAGAAGGAAGAAAAGCUCAAACCUCAUUUAUAAAUGCGUAUCUUAACUUAUUAAAUAUUUCACUCAAAUCUUGUAUAAAUAUUAGGUAGUAAAAUAACGUUAUUCUGUAUGGAAAACUUUUUGGUAUUUCUUACUAUUAGUUACUAAAAUAUCUGCGAAGUUUUUAUCUCUCAAAAAAAAUCCUCGCAACGCAACAUCGUUUUUAGCCUUAUGUUGUUGUGGUUUA